CGCAUCUCUCCACUCCAAAAAUCAACUUUGCCAUUAUGUCUGUGCCGACCUUGCAGCGAGAGACGGCCUUCCAGGUCCGAUCUCUGGUAUGUCUACCUCUCCCCGCAUGAGCUGGAUCGCCAAAUCCCUGUCUUAUGCUGCGAUGGACUGGAGCUAACUGGACCGUUUUAUGCGGGCAGUUUCGGUCUCUGCUCCGUCAAUCCUCCCAGUUCUCGAACUACAACUUCCGCGAGUAUGCCCGCCGGCGUACAUUGGAUGCCUUCCGCGAGCACCAGAAGGAAACCGAGGACAGGCGGAUACAGGAGUUGAUCCAGGAUGGGCUACAGAAUCUGCGGAUGAUGAAGAGACAAACUGUUAUCAGUCAAUUCUACCAGCUGGACAAGCUGGUCGUUGAAGGCCAGAAGACUGGAAAGCAAACUGGCUCGGAAGGCAACAUUGUUCGCCAGAAGGAUACCGGCUGGGACUAAUUGAUUUACCUACAUCCUUUGUUUUUGGAAGCGUGAGUACGGAGUUGAGGGGAAUGCAGCACCACACGAUAUUGAUAUCACCCGCAGAUGAAGUGACUGGAUAGACCGGAGGGGCUCUGUAUUUUUAUUAAAGCCGCUGCGCUGUAGGUAGCACCGAUGCUUACUUUUCGUUGUCCGCAAUACGAUUCUUCUCUCCCCAUGAA